UCUUUCUGAAUAAACAAACACAGAAAUGUCAUUUUUUAUCUGAUUUUUAUCUUGAAUAGUGUCAUCAUUAACUGACCGUACAAUAUGCCUUGAGAAAACUACCCUAAUGUCAGACAUUGUUGUUCUGAAAUUUUAGUCAUUUGAAGUGUCUGUGGAAACAUCUGUGUAAUGAGAUAGAGAAAAAGAAUGUUUCAUACUUCUCAUAUCCGUGUCCCACAACACCGACGACCCACCACCCUGAGGACAUUUGUAACUUCAUCAUUUUCCAGUCCCCAUGACAAGGCACCAAGUCCUAGAGGACCAUUGUUUAUUGUAGUGGCUGGAGUCUUGUUGUUGGUGGGAAGUUUUCUAACAUGGUUUGGAUUUAACGAUGUGUUUGGUGGUAAGAUAGUGAUUGGACCGUUAUUGAUUAUAUUGGCUCUAAUACUGAUGCUGAUCUGUACACGACAGUUUUUUCUGGCUAGAAAACAUAACCGUAAUAGACUUCAGCUUGGACCAAUAGGACAAGGCACAUUACGAGCCGUGGUAGUUGAUCAUAAUGAUGGACUGGGAGCUGUUACGGUAAUCAUGGAUCCACUGGAUGUAGAUAGCAGCCAAUCGAAUAGGUGUUCGGUAAUGGAGAAUUAUGCACCACCGACAUAUAGUGAAAUAGCAGAGGGAAAUAGCUCAACCUAUCGUCCAUACUCUCCACAAAAUCAGGAUGAGCCUCCUCCACCAUAUAUAGACGCAAUCUUAUCCAAUGGAAAUAACUUUACUCUUCAUCUUCCGAAAUAUGAAGCUAUCAGUGGUAGACGAAGUCCUGUCCCGAAGUACGAAGAUAUUUUCUUGACAUCUAAUCUGCCUGGUUAUGUACCAUCUUGUCAUUCUCCUGUUUGUCUGUCUCACAACCACAUUUCUCCAUCCCCGCAUCAAAUAUCCUGUCAUGUCUGUGUCUCUUGUAGUCCUAGUCAACCAGCUUGUGUUAAUUCAAGCUGUAGUCCUAGUCAACCAGCUUGUGUUAAUUCAAGCUCCCCUAAUACGACACCACACAUGACCCAUUCAUGUAGCAUGUCACACACUUGUUGUUCUGUAAACCAAAAUCAGUUGCCUAGCCACCAAGGCCUCCAAUCAUUAGCCUGUCAUCUCCAUAGCAAUGCUAGCCAAGGUCAAGGUCAAGACCAAAGUGAAAGUCAUUAUUCAAAUGCUAGUCAGUGUCAUAUUCAGCAAUCCCCAUGUUGUGUAAAUCACUGUUGUAGCUGUUCUCAUACGCCCCCUUCCUGCUCACCUUGUUCUCCUCAUCAGACAGUUCAUCGUGCAUGUGUGAGUAACCAUUUCACCUUCCCAUGUGCACACAGUAUUUACCCUUGCUCUAACCACACCUCUAAUGUGACCAGUCAAAAUGAAGAUACCAAUCUAAUUAAUCAGGACCAAAGUCAGAACCAAACAGAAAAUACAAGUACACCAAUCACCAUAUCUGUUACUGAUAUAAGUAGCACACCGCAGCAAGGGUGUGCUGUUAACAAUUUGAUAGACAAUUCAGAAGAGAUAGUUGGAAAUGAUGAUAAUAUUGACCAAUCAAGAGUUAACGAUGCUGUGAGUAACCCCCCAAUUAGAAUAUACUGUACACCUACCCAAGAUACAGAACAUACCUUUUAAGUUUUAGAGACAACAGGAAAUGUCUCAUAGAAUAGACAUUAAAAUGAAAUUGUAAUACAUGUUUUACAGUGGUAAUAAUUGUAUUAUUUUAGACUGUGUUUAUAUUAUUAUUAUGAAUUAGUCGUUCGUGGUGUUUGAUCUCAUUCCUUUCAGUAGUCUGCAAGUAUUCUUACCAUCAUGGAAUAUUCCAGAGCUCAGGAGAUAAGAGUGUACCAGGAAUAUUCCACAAUGUAUAUUCCAUCUGGUAGAUUAAAGGGAUAACAAGCCAGGAAAAAAGCCAAAUAUUAUAUUUGCUUGUCUUAAAUAUAAAUAAUUUUGUUUGCCCACUUACUCUUGUUGUCUCUUUAACUCUAGAUAGCAUGGAUUUAAUCAGUGUCGAAUAUGGAUGAAUAUGGGCUCUAGGCUAUUUUGCCUAUGAGGCCUAUCCCAAUACCCCACCCUCACAACUAUAUGAAGAUGAAAGUGUGUUUUGAACAUAAGUGGUGUAAGAUAGACUUAUGACAGUGUCAAAAAUAUUAUACGCUUUGGCCAAAGUUCCCAUUUGAUAUUGGGUUAUUCGUUUGGCUAACUAAAAAAAAAUACCUGGGUUUACAGUUACUUGGCCACAAAAAAUAGGACCAGUCGGAAAAUCGUUUUGUUUUUGUGGGUUUCGAAGGUUGAGAAUGGAUAUAAUUAAACAUACAUUAUGCAAGCGCUAAAUCUGCCUAUUGCAUGUUUUUCUUUAGGCCUGAAAUGUUAUCUAAAUUAUUAAUAAGACAUUAAUUAACUUAUCCAGACCAUAAUCAACUCUCGGUGGCAUUGCUAGCCUGCGAUGUUUAUUGGAUUAGGUUCCUAUUUGCUUUUUGACUUCCAUUCAUAAUUUAAUCAUGAAAUGAAUAAUCAAGACUAUGUUUUUUAUCGUACCGACUUUAGUAAUGAUGAUCGAGGCUAGGCGAAAAAUUCGUUCAAUUGCUAAAAUCUCGGUUCAGAGUGGAUCAAUUUGACUGAAAUUUUCAGCAAAUUCGCUUUACAGUAUCUUGUUUUUAACUAUUAUAGUGAGAACUGCCAGCUCUUUAUCUAAUCUCCCAUAUUGUAUCUUUAAGUGAACUAAUAAAUUAAUUUUUUAAUCAACUACAUAGAUACUUGCAGUCUACAGCCUUUGUUAUGUAAGUUUUAAUAGCUACUGUAAAGUGUUUAUUAUUUAUUUCCUAGCUUUUCAAGAUUCAUUAGACAGAUGAACUGUAAAAUAAUGCCAAUUUAGACUGUUAUAAUACUGAAAGUUCAGUCUCUGCAGAAAACCGACCCAUGAAAUAUUUAUAAUUCCUGGGAAAUGAGAAAAAAAUAUUUCAGGGUCAGCAAUUUGGACCAAAAAUGAAAUGAAAUGGAGUUUAACGUCCUACUGUUCUGCUCCUAACCUGGGCUAAUGAAGACGGGCAUACGCCAUACAGUGUGCUAUGAGGGAAAUUUUGCCCGGACAGCGGCACUACGGCCUACUCUUAUAUCGAAUUCCAACUGCCAAUGUGUACACGGGACCUCGGUUUUUUGUCCCAUCCGAACGACUAGACAGCUUCCCUUGUCAGCCCCUCCGUCCUGCAUCACUGACAAGGGAGAACCACGCCGGAAAAUAUGGAUGAACUUUCUCGGCCAAUGCAGGGAUCGAACACCCGACCUCCAUGCUAGCGAGCUAGCGUCUUACCCACUUAGCCACGGGACUAAAAAGGUAACUGUAAAGACAGAUAAUUUUUUUUUUUUUUGACCUUAUGUAUUGUGUAAAAGAAUAGGAUACAGUAAUAUGUAAAUUAUGCUUUUAUAUUAUAAUUUAUAAAAACAAUUUAUUUAUAAAUGUUAGAAUUAAAAAUCUAUAUGAGUGAUUAAUUUAUGAUUGAAAGACUUGUUUUAUAUGUAUUAUAACUAUUUAUGCAGUGUUUUACAAUGGUUUACUACUAAAGUUUUGCCAUCUGUUAUUUAUAGAUCUGACUGUUUGUGAACCAGCUUCAUUUGUACUAAAUGUUUUGUGAUAUGGAUGUUGGUGCACAUUUUUAUGUGUAUAUUUAUGAAUAUUGUUUAUUGAAUAUUGUUUUAUGAAUUUUUACCUAGAUUGCAUUUCCAUGGUGCUUUAGUAAUAUACUAAAAUAUUUAAAGAGAGUUGGCCUACCCUUCACAUAAACAUUUUAGUUAAGACUGAAAAGGUUGGAUUUCAAGUAGACGAACUGACGUAUCGUUUCUCUCCAUUAGGUUACAUGGAAGUUAAUUGUAAGUGCAGGAGGACCGCACUACAUGCAAAGAAAAACGACAAGACAAACCUGAGGACAAGACAAACUACAUAGUCAUUGCAAGAUAUAAACAACAAAUAUUUCUUGGGGGGCCAGCAAAUUUGAAAAGUAGACCUAAAAAACACUACAAUGUUUUAAUUACUGGGGCGGUAAAUUGUUAUGAAACUUAAGAAUUUUGAUAGAGUUUCCACUUAAAAAGAAGAUUCUCCUACAAAGCAUAUAAAAAUAUAAUUUGAUAUAAUGUGAGAAACACUGCCUUGCCUUAUUUGCAUAUUCAGACUAAUAGUGCUAAUGCUAAUUUACUUAGUUAACGGAGAUGACCAGUUGUUGGAAUUUUUUUAUAUUAUAUUCAUAAUGCAGAACUUGUUUCUAAAAUGCUGAACAUCCAUUAAAACACAAGUGCGGGACAUCAUAUGUCAUGAUUUGUGAAUAAAACCACUCGCUUGUGUUAUAAUGUCUAAUCUUUGUACUCUUAUGGCUUUGCUUUGUUUACAGUGGAGAAGAAGAAAGUUACCUUUAUAAAUGUCGCAACCAACUGGUUAAUUUGUUGAGCUUGAUUGAAAUGAAUUUCAUAUAAAGAAUUGCAACGGCUGAACUUAUCCUUUAAUUAAAAAUGAUUAACUUGAGACAUCCCGCAGUCCGUUUAUUUUCCUGUUUGAUAUUUAAGAUAUUGUUUUUAUUAGCUAAUUUUUAUUAUCAGAUUAUUACUAUAGAGAUGUUGUGUUUUCAUACAAAUUUGUGAUGUUAUUGUUGUAUGAAAGAUAUUGUUAUCUAUUGUG